GGGUUAGAGAGUUAAUAUGUGACAUGUCACCAACCACAACUUCCUUUGGCUGUUUGGUCCUUACUGAAAUUGUCAGUGAUAGUUUGAUACUACAGCAUGCUCAAAAGGUUAGCAUGGUCAAAAGACAAGAAAUAUUCCUACUGAGUCAACAGUUUUGAAAGAUCUAAGAAAGGGGAGAUAACUAGAACUAAAGAUGAUUGCUAUAACCUACAUCACGUUCUUUGUAAUGCUGUGCCUGUGUGGAGGGUUUCAGUUUUUGGCUUAUCAAAGGAGAAAAGAUUUCUCGGAGGGGAACAAUCCACAGUUCCUGAAAUUCCAACGAGGAUACUUUGCUGCAUACCUAAUGGCUGUGUUUGCUGAUUGGUUACAGGGUCCUUACCUUUAUAAACUGUACUCAUAUUAUGGAUACCAAGAGGCACAGAUAGCCACUCUAUAUGCUGUAGGAUUCGCUUCAACUAUUAUUCUCGGAACAUGGACGCCAAUCGCUGCAGAUCAAUUUGGUCGUAAAAAACUUUGUUUGCUGUUCACUGUCCUGUACUCUGUGUCUUGUUUGAUGAAACUAUCCACAAGUUAUGGUAUUUUACUUAUAGGAAGAAUUAUAGGAGGCAUUGCUACAUCUGUGUUAUUUUCUGCAUUUGAAGCAUGGUACAUUCAUGAACAUUUAGAGACACAUGACUUCCCAAAAGAAUGGAUUUCUGUGACCUUUGCUAAAGCCUCUACAUGGAAUGGUGUUUUGGCAGUACUUGCUGGUGUGUCUUCUAACUUGAUGUCAGAAGGACUUGGGCUAGGCCCAGUCGCACCCUACAUGCUUGCCAUUCCAUUCCUUAUUUUCUCUGGUAUAAUGGUAUCGACACACUGGACAGAAAACUAUAGUGUCAAUAAGAUAAAAUUUAAGAAAUUAUGUGGCGAAGGAUUUAAGAUGAUUGUGACAAAGGAAGAAAUCUUUAUGCUUGGAGGUAUCGAAGCGCUGUUUGAAAGUGUAAUUUAUAUUGUGAUUUUUCUGUGGACCCCAAUCCUACAAACUGGUAAUCCUUCUCUUGGAAUAGUGUUUUCAAGUUUCAUGGCAAGCAUUUUGGUAGGGCAAGGAUUUUUCAACAUUGUGUCAACAUCCAGACGUUUCCAGCCUUCUGUGUUACUCAUGGUAUCAAUAGUAAUGGCAGUGAUAGCUAACAUAUUACUUAUUAUAUCCACUCAUCCAGAGAAAAGGGAUGUAUCGCUCUCUUUCUCGGCUCUAACUUUAUUUGAGGUUGCAGUAGGAAUAUAUUUUCCAGCAAUGGGACAUCUCCGGAGUCGAAUUAUUCCAGAUACCCAUCGCUGGGGUGUGAUUAACUGGUUCCGUGUACCCAUAAACCUUAUUGCUUGUGUGAUAUUGAUGUUAUUACAUGAGGAUGUUUUUCAACAUGGCAACAGGAUGAUCUUUGUCCUCUGUCUUCUCCUACUACUCCUUGCUGUCGCCAGUGGAGCUAGAUUUCUCAAGGUCACAAAAGAUGACGAUAGGUUGAAACAGGAUGCAGCAUGGCUGGAGAGUGACCACAUACAUAACAUUUUCUAAAUCCUUUUUUUGAAUAUAUUUAAUUUACUGAUGGUGAUACUGAAAUUCUUGCAGAAUCUUUGUUGUCUGGUAUUUACAUUGUACGUGUACAUGUAGAUUACAUGCAGACAGAUUUUUGAGAUCCCGGUUAAGGUUUUAAAAUUUUGAUACAACCCUAGCUGUUAUAUAAAAUAAACCGACUAGGUACUGGAAUUGUAAUCACUGCAUUUGUAUCUGUUUAACUGCAAUUGUAUUAAUGAUAUAAUAAUUAUUAAUGAUUGAAAAAGUGCUAGCUACCUUAUAAAAUCCGUGGUUCAUAUAUAUGUAUUCAGUAACAUGAUAGAUAACAAUUGUAACAUUUUAUUAGGUCAUCAUAUAGGCCAUCAGAGACAAAUUAUCAUACAUUGUUGCUUUUUGUGUUUUAUCAUACAUUGUAAUCGAAAAGUAGUUUUUUGACUUUUCAGAAACUUAUGAAACAAUUAAAAAAUAUCCUUGGGAUCAAUCAUUGGCCAACCGUUACCGAUACCUGUGACACGAGUUACCUAUAGAUACUCUCCUCUACCCAGUAAAGAAGGCUCUGAGGAUUUUAGCAAAUUCCUUUUGCUUUCAAAGUUGGUAAAUUAUUAUGACACUUAAAAAAAUGCCACUGUGACUGUGACCUCUUUCCUCAUUAAAAAUGAUGCCAUUUCAAGGGUUCUUGACCAGCUAAAAUUCAAAAUUCAAUAUUUUUCAUUGAUGUGUUCUUCAACCUUUAAUCAGUCUUAUAUAUGUACUGAAUAGAAGAUACAUGUAAAUGUUUUUUUUUUCUUCAUUUUUUGACGGAUAGCAGUUGUGAAAUAAGAAUACAUGUGUUGAAUUGUGAGAUUAUUUCUAUGGGAGGACACAAUGAAAAACAAAAUCUGAACUCAGGUGACCUUGAGGCCCAUAUUGGCUUGUACAUGUAUUGCUUUAUAAGGACAUAUCAAAAUGUCCAACCUGUGGUUAAACAUGAUAUGAACAAGUGUAACUGGUGUUUGAUUGUUUGUAUGGACAAACGUACGCGUGCACAUGUCUUCAAUAAAAUGAUAAUUUCUGA